UCAUCUCCAACACUCCAAUCUUUGGAUUCAGUAUCCAGAUAUCAUUUUUCUCUCACAUAAUCCGCUCCAUUUCAAUGACGAGCAAUUCUAUUUCUGAAUCCACCAAGCCCAAUGUCUAUCCUCAGGAUAAGGAUGAAUUGCAGAAGGUCUUCAACCGCUUCGACGCCAACGGCGACGGCAAGAUCUCCAGCUCCGAGCUCGCCGACGUGCUGCGGGCCCUCGGAUCUGAGUCGUCGCCCGAGGAGAUGAGCCGUGUGAUGAAGGAGAUCGACACCGAUGACGACGGCUUCAUAAACCUGGAGGAGUUCGCCCAGUUCUGCAAGUCGGGGAGCAACGUCGACGCCGGAGAGCUGAUUGAUGCGUUUAACUUGUACGAUGGGGAUAAGAACGGGUUGAUCUCGGCGGUAGAGCUCCACCAGGUGUUGAAGCAGUUGGGGGAGAAGUGCUCGGUGCAGGACUGUCAGAAGAUGAUCGGAUCUUUUGACUCCGACGGUGACGGCAAUAUUAGCUUUGACGAGUUCAAGGAGAUGAUGACCAAAUCCAGCCCUAAACAGCGUGCACAGUGAUGUACGGUGAUUCACUGCUGAGGCGCAUGGAUUCUUGGUAGCCGCCACCACAUGGGAUCCCUUCGCUGCAUCGCACGGUCUCAAACUGUAACGUAUCAGUGUUAGAUUUCUGGCUUUUGCAAUAAUAUUCAACGCUAAGAUUACAAAUGCCGAGUAGUUCCCAUUAGAUAUGGAAAUUUUGGAUGUUUUUCUUCUCGCUCAUGUGCGUUGGAAAUAUGAAUUUACAAACAAAAACAUCCACAAACUUUCCUAAAAUAAUUAAGACUGUUAAUGUUUUUAAUUUUGUUUCAAUAAUCUAUGCUUUUUAGAUUGUGUUUGAGCCAA